AUGUACCAACAAAAUAACCCCUACGGCCCACAGCCUGUAAACUAUGACUACCCACAACAGACGCCCUUCUCCGAAAAGUCUGGCAUUCCCAACGAUCCCGCCCUCGCGCCCGUCACCGUGUCGACUCAAGAGCAAUACCCUCCGCGUACGACACCGCCCGACAAGAAGCUCACAAGCUCACGAUGCGGCUUUGUCACUGCCGGCUUCUUCUUCCUCGCCCUGUACUCGACCGUUAUGAGCGGUCUCUGGCUCGCGACGGCCAUUGUCCAACCGCGAUGGGGUGACAUGAUCUCUGCCAAGAAGGGACGUCUGUCGCCCUCGAAUGCGGCUUUGAUCUCUCAACUUCUGAGCAAGACGGUCGAGAUUUCUUUCGCCACUAUCUUUAUCGGUUACCUCGGACAAGUCCUUAGCCGACGCGCCAUGGCUUCGAAGACAAAGGGGAUCACGCUUGCGGACAUGACCAUGAAGAAAUGGGUAGUCCAGCCUGGCUCGGUAUUCACUCACCUCGGUGCCGUCUCGCUGGCUGGCUUUACCUUUCUUGGUGUCAUGUCGUUUGCCGUCUUGAUCGCCACCUUUCUCUACACAACGGCCUCGGAAGCCCUUGUGGCCCCAAAGCUCAAGUACAGCCCCUGGAAAGAUGCGAAUCUGCAGGCUACUGUGCAUACGUGGUACGGUAACCCCGUAUAUGCAGCCAGGCAAUGCCAGCCUCUUCUCAAGCAGAACCCCGGCUCAGACACUGACCUCUGGGACAUGGAGUCGUACUAUGAGUUUUUCAACUGUCUGAUCCUUCAGUUCAGCUCCCAGUCGUCCCAUGAUUUGUACUCUUAUCUCAUUGAUUGGAACAACACGGAUGCUACUGACAUUGAGCUUGCCGACCGCCCUGCUGGAAGUACCAUGGUCGACAACAACGUCACCAUGCAAGCCUCCUGGGUUGAUGCCAAGUACAAGGACGUUCCAGAGCUUUACAAGAAAUGGGGAAGAAUCAUUGACAACGCCACCAUUGCUCUCCCCCACCCUCGAGUCUGGGAAGCGUUCCGGUCGCCGGUUAAUGGUAUUCUGCAGCCAGAGGAUCUCGGGGGACUUGGGGGUAUCAACAUCAAAGCCCGUGUUUCUUCACCUACACUCAAUGUGCUCUGCGUCAACAUGGACGGCAAUGAACUCCAGCCAAUAAUCUCCGAAACUUGGUCAGAUGGCGAGGACAAGAACACUACGGAACGGAGGCAGGACCAAGAAGCCAAGCCCGGCAUCACUGUAGUUGAUGAUGUCUUUGGAUGGACUGAUCUAGGCGGGAGAGACCGUCCGCUAUUUGCAAAGUACCCCGAAGACUAUGGCAUGCUGUUCCCUGAAAUGGUUAGAUCAGAUGGUGCUACUCAGUACAUUCUGACAAAAGCGCCUAACUUUGGAAACUACACCCUCUGCACACCGCAACCAGCAUUGGAGGCGCAUUGUGCAGACACAACCGAAACGGCAGCACUGAUUGAUGAGAGUAUUGGGUUUUCCGUCAUGGGACCUAUUCUAGCUGAAGCUCUCAAGCUAUUCAACGUCGACACCCUGGGUUUAUCCAGCAACCCAAGCCUUGUGACACGCCUUGCUCUCAAAAAACCAGAGCUCCCAGCCGACUUUCCUUCAAUGGCCGAAGCUUUCUGCGUGUUUACUCUUGCAUCAUUAAGCAGCUCGGCUUUGGGAACAACCUUUCAACACAAGUGGGACUACGGCGCCUUCGAUCCUCGAGCGAACAAGGACUUGUUCCACGACUACGGCAGGGUGGAGGUAUUUCAUGCGUCAAUCUCGAGUCAGCAGUAUACAUCCGGUCACAUUGAUGACUGGCAAAAGGCCUUCUAUGCCGUUCUAGCCUUUGUCUUUGUCACGAACCUGAUGUGUCUUCUCUACUUUGUCUUUCAUUUCGGGUUGGUCGCCGACUUCACUGAGCCAGAGAAUCACUUCGCGCUUGCCAUCAAUAGCCCUCCAACCGAGAAGAUGGUGGGGAGUGCUGUUGAUGGCCCGCACAGAAGUCAUAUGGCUGUGCGUUGGAGGAUCUCGGCUGUUGCAAACUCCAGUGGCUACUGCUUUGAGCCUGUGUCAAGUGAGUCGGCUGGGAAUACACAGACAGCGUCUGGUGUUUACCAGCGAGUAUCACCACAUGAAUGA